AUGAAUACACCCUGGCAGAUGCCUCGAUAUGCAUUUGAAGAUAUUACAACAGAAACAGAUUUCGGACUAUAUUCGGGUAGUUCUUAUAUGCGUCCUCCUGCACAACGUAAUUAUAAAGAUAGAAUGCAAGAAAGAGAAAGAAAACAUAUUCAGACACCAUGGCUUCAGAGGGCUAAACGCUUCUUCAACAACACUCGCAGAGGUUUAACUCUUCCUGCUAUUCAAACUGUAGGAGCAACGCUCUUCCUUAUCUUCAGCUGGUACUUCGUACGAUCGGGUGUUAAGCAAUACUUCAUUGUCCCUCUGGAGCGGAUGCUAACAGGAGAGCCUUUUCCUCCUGCGCGUUUUGAGUCGCUGAGACUUUCAUAG